GUGGAGUGAAUAGAAGAAUCUUCUAACGUAGAAGAAAAAUCAUCCGACUGCAUCAUCCCGCACGAGGCCCAAUAGUCGGGCCCCUGCAUUGUAUAAUAUUACCAAUUAAAACUUGCUGGAAAAAUCACAACGCGUUAUGUGACCGCGUCGGCCCAGUAGUAUGGGCCGUGACGUAUUAUCCAGACCAAUAAUAAGAACAUACAAGGGAAGAAAAAGAAGUAAGGUUAUGUCUGAUAUCACUCUGGCGCAUAAGUAAUACCGAAAUGGGAGAAGGAACAAACAUGUCGAGCGAGAAUGACAGCGAAAUGGACUGCUCCGACUCCGACUGCGGAGACCCGGGCUAUGAGGACUAUUACAACAUCCAGCCUUGGGGGGGCGACGUGGACAACGACGUGGACCCCGAGCAGAACCGCAAGGACCCGGAGUACGCGGUGGUCGACUGCUUGCGAGUCGAGGAGGUGGAGCGGCUUCUGAACGAGAGCGUAGAGCGGUUAAGUAUUAGCCUUCACGUCUCGCCAUCCCAAGCCAAAAUGUUGUUGCACGCGCACAGCUGGGCGUCGCAUGAUAUCGUCACAAAGUACCGUAACAAUGCUUCCAGUUUAUUGAUUAAAAAGAUUGAGCCUACCCCCGAACAAGUGCCAGGAACGAAGAGCCAGCGGGGCGGCAUGUGUUCGAUUUGCAUUAUGUUGUGCCCCGCGGACAAGUUCUGUGCGCUGAUGCCGUGCGGACACUCGUUUUGCAAAGACUGCUGGUGUAUGCAUUUUGAAGUACAAAUAACUCAAGGUAUAUCUACCGGUAUAAGCUGCAUGGCACAGGAUUGCGAUGUCCUAGUUCCGGAGGACUUUGUCCUCCCCCUACUUACUAAGCCUAACAUGAAAGAAAGGUAUCAGCAGUUUACCUUCUGUGAAUCCGUCAGGUCUCAUCCACAACUACGAUUUUGUCCCGGUCCAAAUUGCCAAAUAGUUUUGCGCUCGAAGGAACAACGAGCAAAGAGAGUGAUGUGUUCAUCUUGUAAAACUACGUUCUGCUUCCGAUGCGGUAUGGAUUACCAUGCACCGACCGAUUGCUGUACAAUUAAGAAAUGGCUGACGAAAUGCGCGGAUGAUUCCGAGACGGCAAAUUACAUUAGUGCUCAUACCAAAGAUUGUCCAAAAUGUCAUAUCUGCAUAGAGAAGAACGGUGGCUGUAACCACAUGCAGUGUUACAAUUGUAAGCACGACUUCUGCUGGAUGUGCCUUGGGGAUUGGAAAGCACACGGCAGUGAAUAUUACGAGUGUUCGCGCUACAAGGAGAAUCCGAACAUCGCGCACGAGAGCGUUCACGCGCAGGCGAGAGAGGCUCUCAAGAAGUACCUUCAUUACUACGAGCGAUGGGAGAAUCACAGCAAGUCGUUGAAAUUGGAGGAGCAAACGUUGGAGGGGAUUAAGAUGAGAAUUAACAACAAGGUGAUGAACGCGAGUGGUACGUGGAUAGACUGGCAGCACCUGUUCGAGGCGGCGUCGCUCUUAGCGCGCUGCCGUUACACCUUGCAGUACACGUACCCGUAUGCCUAUUACAUGGAAUCUGGUCCGCGUAAAGAACUGUUCGAGUAUCAGCAAGCUCAAUUAGAGGCGGAAAUAGAGAACCUCUCGUGGAAGAUUGAACGAGCGGAAACAACGGAUCGAGGAGAUCUAGAGAAUCAAAUGGAUAUCGCGGAAAAGCGUCGCGUUACUUUAUUGAAGGAUUUCCUCGAAGUAUAAUUAAUUGAGCACUAGUUUCGUUCUUAGUCGUAGCCCACGAAAUCUAAUCUGAAGCUACAAUGUAAUCUUUUAUUUUGCAAAUACUAUUUAUCCACAAUUAAAUAUUUUAUGUGUAUAUAUAUACAUAUAU